GACUCCGUGCGGGGCCAUGGCCUAGGCCCUUCGGCCCCGGCCCCGGCCGCAAUGACCUCUUUGCCCUGCCCCCUCUCUGGCCCGGACGCCUCCAAAGCCGUCUUCCCGGACAUCGCCCCCGUCCCAUCGGUAGUGGCUGCCUACCAGCUUGGCCUGUCCCCCACAACCGCAGCCGCCUCCGAUUUGCCCUAUUCUGGGCCGUAUGGCCACGUCCUGCCCUAUCCCUACACUGGGCCGGCGACCCCCGGAGACUCCUACCUGCCCUGCCAGCUACCCACGGCGCCGUCUCAGCAGUCUCAUCAAGAGCGGGAGCCAGACUCGGAGAAGGCGCCGCUGUCCCCGGAGCCCUCGGAGCGGCGCCCGCAGGCCUCGACCAAGAAGCUCCGGAAGCCGAGGACCAUCUAUUCGAGUCUGCAGCUGCAGCACCUGAACCAGCGUUUCCAGCACACGCAGUACCUGGCUCUGCCCGAGAGGGCCCAGCUGGCCGCGCAGCUUGGCCUCACCCAGACGCAGGUAAAGAUCUGGUUUCAGAACAAACGUUCCAAGUACAAGAAGCUCCUGAAGCAGAACUCUGGGGAACAGGAAGGGGACUUCCCUGGGAGGUCCCCCUCCCUGUCUCCCUGUUCCCCACCCCUUCCAUCCCCCUGGGAUCUACCCAAGGCAGGGGCCCUGCCCACCAGUGGCUAUGGCAACAACUUUGGAGCCUGGUAUCAGCAUCACUCCCCUGAUGUCCUGGCUCCACCUCAGAUGAUGUGA